CUGGGCAGCCCCAAUCGAGCCCCGCAACCGUCUGUUCUCAUCGACAUUGUAGCUCCGGGCAGCCCCCAACUGGUACCAAACAGCUGGCCAAACGCCGUCGCUGCGGGGAGCGCAGACACACAGUACCUCUGCCCGAGCACAGGCACGGAGUACCUACCGGGCCGGUAACAUGGCUUUCACCGCCAUAGACCAAAACGGCGUGCACACUCGAAAGCUCAUGCCGCUUUUCAAGGAGGACACGAACACUUGGGAGACGCACGCGGACAGGCUGGCCCGUGGCGGCCCGUACGUCUGCUGGUACUGCAAGAAGGUCGCGACAGGCGCCAGCAUGGAAGAGGUGCGCGCGCCGAGCACGCCGUGCAAGAAGUGCGCGCGAUGCCACGAGGCGCAGUACUGCAGCACGGACUGCCAGCGGGCCCACUGGAAAAAGGGCCACAAGCGCACGUGUGGCCUGAAGGAUCCGUGCCCGAUUUGCGGACAACGGUCGGCAAAGGACGGGCCCAACAACUUCAUGUGCUUCGUCUGCGGCUUCCGCUGCUGCGGAGACUGUUCUGACCUGAAACGCUUUCGCCUCGACGACUCGCAACCCCUCCGCUAUUUUUCCCACAACGGCGACAAACCGGCCUGUCCGGGCUGCGGCCAGGACCAGGCCGAAAUGCGCCGGACCGAGCACCGGCACGGCCCGCGCCUGCUCAAGUUAUUGCGAGACAAGCCGGAGGGCCCUCACGUGAUGAUGGCCGACUGGUGGAUCGGUCACUACUACCAGACCGGCAAGGGCGGCCUGGCCCGGGACCAGGACGAGGCCCAGCGGUACCUGAUGCGGCACAUGGUGGCCAAAGCUGCGGCCACUGGCAGCAUGUUGGGUAACAACACAUAAACCUUACGCGGGACGCCUCGAGUGGGG